AGGACACACACAUAGACAACCACAAAUUACACCCAAACUCACAAGACAAAUAAAUGUCAAGGCAAGGCAAGGAAAAGGCCAUGGAAAUAUUUCUCCCGACUUGGGUAUCGAACCUGAGACCUUUGCGUGACAGUCCGGCAUGGUAACCGUUCGGCCACUGAGGCAAUGACUGGGAAAUGUACGUAAAUAUUUUUUAUUUUCAGUUCCCCCAAAUGUGUCGACGUUAAAGACAACAGGGUAUCCGAAACAGGAAAAAGGAACCAGGCAUACGAGAUGACGUCCGUGUCCAGCAUGGGCGACGGGGACAUGGGGCCGGGAGUAUGCUACCCGUGUACGCCACUCCCGCGCAUGGGCGUUCUGUGCACGCACGGCCUCGCGGAUGUCGUGCCACAGCAGCAGACCAAGCAACGGCAGCUUUUGCAACAAUCGCAGCCUGACUUGCAACAACAACAGCCCCAACUUAUGGGUACCUGUACAUUCCAGCUUCCUGGUGGCCUCGUGGCGACAAGCCCUGUCUGCGAGAAGGAAUGGCACCGGUCUAUAACAGCCGAUCUCAGAAACCACCUUGUUUAUAAAUUGGUGCAAGCUAUUUUUCCAAAGCCGGACCCCAUAGCGAUGCUAGACAAGAGAAUGCACAACUUAGUCCCGUACGCAAGAAAGAUAGAAGGCGAUAUUUACGAAAUGGCGAACACGCGCUCAGAGUACUAUCAUUUGCUCGCCGAAAAGAUAUACUGUAUACAAAAAGAGAUCGAAGAUAAGCGCAAAAUGCGAAAGGAACACCAGGUACAGGCGCAGCAGCAGGCCUAGCACCAGGAAUAGCUGCAACGGGGUAAAAUGGUCGGGGUGGGGGAAGUGAAUACCGUGAGUGGGGUGAUGGACGUGCGCGCGCCGCUGCACUAUGGAAAAUUUAGGUUAGUUACGGAUCAAAAAUGCAUGCAUGUAACUUUUUGUUUUUCGAGAAAUGCAUGUGUGUGACUUUUUGUUUUUCGAGAUACGCCUUUAAAUUAUUUUUAUACUUAGUGGAAUUAUGACUGUUUUAAUUGCAUAAUUAUACAUUUUUAUUUAACUACCCGUAAUUGAGAGAAAAAAAUGUACAAAAUCUUAAAUCUUCUGGUAAAUACUACCCACCUCACUAUUUACAAAAAAAAAAAAUAAUAGAAAUGCCUUGGCUACGAUAAUUCUUUAUUCAUAAAAUAAAUUAAAAGUGUUUAUAAAUUUUACUUAAAAUAAUACAAAAUAAAAAUA